UGUAGAUGCUGUCAGUGUCAGUUUACCGUGUUUAUUUACAUUUGAAUCGGGAUAUCCUUAUUAAUUCUUCUCGGAGAAGAAACAAUUUAGUGAUAAUUAUUUGUUCCGCUAAGUAUGCACAGCAGUUGUUAUGUCAGGAAAUGUAUUUACAAUGGAAAACAAACAAGAAAUAUAUUCAUCAUGGGUGCAAUACACAACUAAGAAUGAAGAAAGUCAUUUUCGCCACUUCAUUAAAGGUUUUGUAGCAAUCUGGGAAGCUCAGUUAAAACUAGAAUGGUCAGACAUAAAAACACUCCCGGAUUGGAAUUCAGUCAAAGAUGACUUUGGGCCUCACUUGUCCAGACUUCCUGAAGAAUUGUUACCAGCUAUAGGGAAGUUCAUUUUUAUAGCAAAAGACAAUGUAGAUAAGCAGGGUGGUUUACAAGGAGAAGCCAUUGUAGAGGUCGAUCUGUUGAUUCGUUGUCUCACAGCAAUCAGCCGCAACUUCGACAACAUCCCACUCAUUGCAUCCUGUGACUUUGUUAGUCAAGCAGUCGGGAUAGCUAAUGCAAUCAUUCAUCAGAUGGUGGCUGGAGACUAUGUGUUUGAAGCAGAAGCUAGAGAGUUCUGCACCAAUCUAUGUCAUUUUCUUGAAUGCCUGUACGACCCCUACUUGAUGUGGAGACACUUUCUGCAGACCCCCUCUCCACCCCCUCCUCCUGACAGGCUUGCAUUCCACCCUGCGCUACUGCACAACGAAAUUGUUCCUUUUAUCUAUGAAUGUUUUGAAACAAAAAUUGUAACUCAAUUCCCUGAGCUCAGUAGAGAAAUGCUCAGCGUGCUCGGAGCUGUUGUGUGUGGUGCCCAUAGCUCAUUUAAAAAUGAAAUCGAAUGUUCAGACUCCAAAACAGAUAAUGAAAGGCAUAAUGCUUUGAGAGGCAUCUGUCCGGCAACAGUAAACUUGGUGACUUCUGUAGUCUCUCUACCUGCAGUUGAUUCAGCUUUACAGUUGACGGCUUUAAAGUGCUUCACUGUUAUGGUCACAGUACUACAUCAUUCCCUUCCUCACGAGCGGCAGAUCGAGGUUACGACUGUACUGGAGAAACUGCGGGAAGUGAUGAUAGAGGUGAUGUCUCGGGACCAGAAGACCUCGGUGCCCACUGUCCUGCAGUUGGUUCAUACUCUACCGAACAUCUUAGCCGCCACGAACUCCAUGCAGAGUCUACAGUCUCUUAUGGUUGAAGCCAAACUCAUCGACACUCUCCUUGAUAUCCUUGACCAGACAGCAGAUUGUCAUAAAAACCAUAUGGAGUUAGUAGUUACAAUUAUCAGUGCCCUAAACAAGCUUGUCAUCGGAUCUAUUGGAGGAAAGGAAAAAAUGGUGAAAGUAAGCGGAUAUACACGCAUAUUCUCACGUCUUUCAUCAUUAGAAACCCCAACAAAGAAGCUUCUGGAAGUAUUAAUUGCAAUGAUUACAGAAGAAGAAGAUAUUUUAUGCCUUAAAGAUAUGAAACUUGUUAAUAGUGAACCUUUAGUGCCUUUUAUCCACUGGAUGGGAGAGUUGGAGCCUGAUGAACAAGUUUGGUUAGCGUGUACUCUCGAGGAGGUCUGCACAAACAGCUUACAGAGCAAAGCUACAGCUUGCAAGAGUGGUGUGGUGGUGGCCGUAUGUCAGCUGAUGUCAUCUGUUGCUGUGGAUCCAAGAGCUGCCACCCAUCUCAUCAUGUUGGUAGAGACCCUAGCUAGCUACUCUGUCACAGCCAGGGAGCUGAAGCAAUUGUUUCUUCUUUUGAGGACAAAUCAGGGGAAAGUGAACCCAUAUAGAAACUUAUUGGUUGCUGCCCUACUUAACAUUACGAGGAAAGCUGGCUUACAACUCCAUUGUGACUCGUAUUUUGAUAUUGAACAACAGACAGAUGGCAUCACCAUAUCAGAUAUGCGUAAGUGGAAUGGAGCAGUGUAUGGGUUCAGUUUCCACUGCUGGUUGCGUCUAGAGCCUAUCCACGUGAGCUCUCCUAUCAACACGCCUCCACGCAGACAGAUAUUCAACUUCUUAACAAGCCAAGGAACGGGGAUGGAGGCAUUUGUCAGUUCUCAGGGAGCACUGGUUGUGGGUGUGACGACCAAGAAAGAGUUUCUCGCUGCGACAGUGCCUGACUUAACAUUAUUGGACUCAUUGUGGCACUGCUUGGACCUGUGUUACAUGGCUGCUAGGAGACCUUUUGGCCACAAUCAGCUGUCAGUAUUUAUAGAUGGCCAUCAGAAACUUGUCGCAGCAAUGAAAUUUCCAGCUUUGACUGAGCCAUUUGUUCUGUGCACUGUGGGAGCUGCUGCAGCCAGGAAUUACCAGCCAAACCAAACCAGAUCUGACAAGUCACCAAGUGGCAUUAUGGAACGAGGGAUUUUUCCAUCUAUCAUAUCUCAGGUACCUAACUACUUUUCACUUCCGCUGAGGUCAUCUACACCAUUGGACCCCCAUGUAAAGAAUUUUCCACCUGGGAUACAAGACACCAUCUUUGGUCCUCCUUCUUCACUUCAAGGGCAAUUAGGACUAAUCUGUCUCUUCCAUGAAGCUCUUCAGCAACAUCAAAUCAAAACUCUGUUCGAUGCAGGACCCAACUGCCGCCUGCUGUUCUCACCUGAGGACAAUGCGGAGAUGCUAGUGAUGAAUAGCAAGCUGGUAUGGUGCUUUGCUCCUGCAGCAUGCUGGGACGGCUCAUGUCUUGAUCUUGCCGCCACCAACAAGUUCUCAGCUCAAGCUCUGGCUCGUCAAUGUCACACACGCACCAUCAAGGAUGUUAUCAAUGGUAUCGGAGGAGUGCAAGUGCUGUUCCCGCUGCUAGAGUGUGUGGAGGGUGAGGGGGAGGGACCAGAUCUCAGUGUGUUCUCUCCCCACCCAUCCACCCCCUCCCACACUCACCAAGAUAUGUCUGAGUGGGCUGUGUUACCUUCCAGCUCUCUCUCCGAAAAGAAGCUGGAGCAGAACCCAGUGUCUUGUAUGUUACUUCUGCUGAGGAACAUGCUCUCCUCCAGCCCUGUGAACCAAGAACAGCUCAUCAAGAACAACGGAAUAGCGAUACUGGGCGCUUUGCUGUCAAAGAUGCCGUCUCAAUCUAUGGAACCAAGUGUUCUGAAAGGUAUGCAGUUGCUAAUAGAAAUGGUGAAAAGCAGUGGCAACACAGUCUUACUUCGUUCCAUACAUCAACACAUUCUGUUUAAUUUCAAUAUUUGGUCAAGAUGCCCUUUUCAUGUUCGAAUUAGUCACAUACAACUUAUGUCAACAAUAAUAAAAGAUGAAAGAAAAGUGUUCAGAAAAAGAUAUGGUGUUCAAUUCUUUUUGGAUGCAAUCCGAAUGCACUAUGCUACCUCACCAGAAGUUAGUGAAGAGGAAAACAAAACAAUACGUAUAUCUCUGUUAAGUCUUAUAAAGUUUUAUCUUCAGAAGGAAUGCAACAUCAAAGAGUUAGCAGCUAUCCUUGGGUUUAUGUCAACUGUGAAAGAAGAAAUAUUGGUGAUAGAGGUGCUGGAGAUGUUGAUUGCUCAACUGGAGAGCAGAUCCUGCAAGGAUCAGCUUGUUUUGCUCAUGUAUGAACCUCAAGCUGCUGAUCUUAUAUACUGCCUCCUCCUCAACAAGACUUUCUCAAUGGACCUUAAACAUCGAGCACUGAAGUUGCUGUCUGUGUUGUUGCGGACUGAGAAGGUAUAUGAACGCAAUAAAUCUCGGCUCCGUCUACAAGACAACACUGCGAUUGGUCUUUACCCUGGACUCAUCUCCAUGCUACCAGAACAACAGCUAUCUAUGGAAUUCACUGCAAUGUUGCUUGAUCAAAUACUGCUGACAGAAAGCAGCAGCAGCUAUGCAGGAGCCUUGUCCCUACUGCAGGCUCUGUCUCUUGCAGACUUGGAGAUCAAGCUGGAGGCGGCCAGGAAACUACUCACAACCACAUUUAUGAGGCCAGCUGCACCUCAGAGUCUGGCCAAACAGAUGGGUUGGCAGGAUUGCAUAACUCGACUGUUGGUGAAGAAACCUAUAACAGAUGUAUGCAGUGAGGUAUUCCCUGAUCUAAUGUCAUUUGAUGAUGAUGGAGAGUUGUUGGAUCUGGAUCCAGGUCGAGUGUCACCAUCCUCAGCAUCUCGCAUAUCAGAUGCUGCAUUCGCAAUUGAGACAGAGAUCAAAGAGGUAGCUGAAACCGUGAGCAACGCUGUGGCUGACAAUAUUCACUAUGCUGCGGAUAACAUCAGUUCAGCUGUAGCCUCAGCCUACACAGCCUUUAGACAGAAGACAGUUGAGAUGCAGUUCAGCUGUAGUCUCAGCCUACACACACAGCCUUUAGGCAGAGGACAGUUAAGAUGCAGCAACGCUGCGGCUGGCAAUAUUCACUAUGCUGCGGAUAACAUCAGUUGAGCUGUAGCCUCAGCCUACACAGCCUUUAGACAGAAGACAGUUGAGAUGCAGGAGAGCCUGGAGGAAUUUGGAUCAAGGUCCAGACUGAAAAAGCGCAGUCUGUCAUCUCUGGCCGAGUCAUCAGAGCCUGAGCCCGACAGCCCGCGGCCACCUCGUUCUCCUCUGGAUCUUGACCCCAACCUCAUCACAAGAUCUGGAUCAAGCAGCAGCACCGAGGAGCUAUCGUCACCCAGUCAUAGUCACUCAGUUGACCAGGCUUCCACUCGAGACAGUCUGAGUCUCACAAGUCAACUGGUGGAUGACAACUCUGACGAUGAUGAGAAGAUACUGUUUGAUGCCUUACAGAGGUGGAGAGUAUACGAUGCAGAAAAAUUAGAGGAUAAAGAAGAGGAGCUAUGUUAUCUUGUUGCGAAUUUAGUAUUCACUAUCAUGUGGAGAGGAAUAGACAUCAACAGCAAGGAUGCUUGGAAGGAACGCGGACAGGUGAUGACAUGUAUCAACUUGCUGGCACUGAACAAUACGUUGUACUGUUCUCAUCUGGAGUUGAAGCUGCGACUGUUGGAGAUGGCAGUUACUGCAGCCCUUAGUGAUCUGCGAGAGGGUUCCUACACAGCCGACAACGCAGCUCAGCUUAUCCGCUGGAUAUAUGACCUUACUGUCAUUGAUCCCAACCAGGACCACUCCAAGAAGGCAUCUACUAAGUUACUGGAUGGUGUUCUUGGGCUGUUGGAUGCUUUGUUGGUCUUCCAAGAAGUUCCUGGAGAGGAGUGGACUGAAAUGGCAAAAUUAGCUUUUGGUAUCUUGCUGAGCUGUGCUGCCAGCAGUAACCUAGAAUUGUGUGCCAUGGCUACUGCUAAACUCCACACAUUGGUGCAGACUCACUCGCUGCAUGAAAUAUAUGGAGGAGAGAGAUUAUUUGUUUUGUUACACCAGUAUUGUUGUGCAGGUAUCUUGCUGAGCUGUGCUGCCAGCAGUAACCUAGAAUUGUGUGCCAUGGCUACUGCUAAACUCCACACAUUGGUGCAGACUCGCUGCAUGAAAGAUGCAGAGGAAGGUGGCUACUUGCUCUACUACAUAAACACUAUUGUUCAACAAUCAUUAGAAGGUGGCAACCAGGAACAUUAUUCAUUCCUGAUGCCAGUGGUGAAGGCACUGAUAGAGAAGCUCUCAGAUCUAUUGACAAUGCCCAGCCACCUUCCUGACCUGCCCCAGACACUCUCAGGCCCUACAUUCUUUGAGCAUUUUCAAAACUUCUGCCGAGGAGAGCAGUGGACAGCAUUCAUGGAAAAACAGGUGAAGCCGCUGUACGAGAGCUACCAGGCUGCUCUCAGUGGUCACCUGACCGAGGCUAUGAACACAUUCUGGGCCGAGUGUUACGAGGGGUCAAAGUUGUGCGUACAUAAGCGGAACCGGGAAGUUGGAGAAAGCAAAAUGCGAUUCCAGUCGCAGAUCAUGGCCGGGUACCGCGCGCGUCAAACGGAAGAGACAGUGCGAUAUAACAACCUCAGCAACCAGGCGCGCAACCAGGAGUUGAUCGUGCGGCGAAGGUGGGCACUGUUGAGGAACUUCUUCUGCGGACCACGAGGAGCCUGGACUACAAGGUAAGGUCCUCACCUAUGUGUGUUCUGUUAUAAAUUAUAUAACAGCCUCAGCAACCAGGAGUUGAUCGUACGGCGAAGGUGGGCACUGUUGAGGAACUUCUUCUGCGGACCACGAGUAGCCUGGACUACAAGGUAAGGUCCUCACCUAUGUGUGUUCUGUUAUAAAUUAUAUAACAGCCUCAGCAACCAGGAGUUGAUCGUACGGCGAAGGUGGGCACUGUUGAGGA